AUGUCGGAUAGCGAAGAGAACGAUUUUUUCGGUGUCAGUCAGGACCUUGUUCCUCCCGCCCCUAUCAAACCUGCGGGCGCUUCCGAGAUAGAUUUUGACGGCCUACUGUCACCCCCACUCAAACUACAUGAGGACCUGAAAAAUGGCUGCGGCGGUCAACUAUGGCCGGCCGGUAUGGUACUGAGCAAAUACAUGCUGCGGAAACAUCGAGAGGAUGUCGCAGGUAAAGAGAUAGUCGAGCUUGGUGCCGGAGGCGGGCUCGUCGGGUUGGCGGUCGCGAUAGGAUGCAAAGUCGACACCACAUUACAUAUCACGGAUCAAGAGCCGAUGUUCGAACUCAUGAAGCGCAACAUCACGCUGAACGCUCUGGAUCCUCGUGUCAGCGCCUCGAUAUACGACUGGGGAGAGCCGACGCCAUCACAGCUACCAGCACACCCGGACAUCAUCCUGGCCGCGGAUUGUGUAUAUUUCGAGCCUGCUUUUCCGUUGCUGCAAAAGACCCUACAAGACUUGAUCGGCGAUAAGACUGUGUGCUAUUUCUGCUUCAAGAGGAGGAGACGGGCAGAUCUGACGUUCAUGAAGACGGCGCGAAAGAUGUUCCACGUGCAGGAGGUGGACGAUGAUCCUGAUAAGGAGGUAUACUCGAGGGAAAAGCUGUUCCUUUAUCGCAUAACGAAGAAGACUAGUUGA